UUGAACUUUCACCUGUGAUUGUGGCGGAUGUAGUAGACCAACAAGGAAGUUAGCUAGUUUGGGCUGGUACAGCUAGCUAGCAGGCUGUAAAAUAACGAAAUUAAGCUCCAAUAAAUUAUUUUCCAAUGUGUUAUUUGUGAAAUAUGUCCAACAACAAUCGAGUGGAUUUACAGGAUGGCAACAUGUCACAAGAUUUGAGAAAAUGACGAGAUGACUUGCCUUACAGUGGCCUGGACAUUUGUGAUAUGUUAACGUUAAUCACAAAAGACAAGUGUGUAAGAUGGACUGAGGGAAUUAGUUAGCUGCAUACUUUUGAGAUGUUACUAGCUGUACAUGUAAAUAUAUGACCAAAAAGCACUGUAAGUUAUCUACACCUACAUAUCACUAAUCAACAUGGACAACAUGGCCCUACAAAUAAGUUGUUAAUAUUUGCAUGCUCUGUCAUCACUUUUUAAGGUCAAUUCACCUGCACAUACAUUUGAAUGACUAACCACACAUAAACAGAGCUGAUCAUGUCACUAGCAAAGCAGUCACAAACGUGGUUCCCAACUCAUGUCCAAGCCACUGUUCUCCAAGCAACUGACCUACAAGCUAAGGGUAAGCAUGGCACCAACGACGCCUACGCUAUCAUCCAGCUGGGCAAAGAGAAGUACUCGACAUCUGUGGCAGAGAAAACACUCAACCCAGCGUGGAGAGAAGAAGCCUCCUUUGAACUGCCUGGUCUGCUUCUGGAGGGCAAUCCAGAAAUCUAUGAAUUAUGCCUUAUCGUGAUGCACAGGUCCCUGGUGGGGAUGGAUAAAUUUCUGGGCCAGAGUACCAUCAAUCUCAAUGAUAUUUUUGAUAACAAGGAGCGAAGGAGAACAGACUGGUACUCCUUGGACUCCAGGCCAGGGAAGAAGAGGAAGGAGAGAGGGAAGAUCCAGGUCGGCAUUCAGUUCAUGAGGAACAACAUGACGGCCAGCAUGUUUGACCUCUCCGUAAAGGACAAGCCCCGCUCGCCCUUCACCAAACUCAAGGACAAGAUGAAGGGGCGCAGGCACGACGGUGGUCUCUCCGACACCACCUCGGCCAUCCUGCCCCGCUCCGCCAUGUGUGACUCGGAGACCCUUCGCCAACCCAGUGCAUCUGACCAUCAGCCCCAGCCAGAGCCCAAGAUCAAGAGACACCUACUGGCCGGCUCCCAUACGCUCUCUGCAGCCCGCUCUAUGUCUGACCUCAUUGGCACUCACUUCCGCCCCAAGCUGGACUCUAGAAACUCCAUGGAACAGCUGGAGAAAGGGAGUGGUGCCGCCCCUCACCGGCGCUCCCAGGGCGAGGUGCCAGGCUACCAGGACAGCGAGGGGCACGGUGAUCCUUUUACUCAUAUCAGCGACGGCCUGCCGCAGAAGUACGCCACCCUCCCACGCAACCGCAACCCGUUCGAGGGGGAGCAGGGCCAGCUGUGGGACCGAGGGGAGAAAAAGGAGAAGAAGGAGAAGGUCAGCCUGCUGGAACGUGUGACCGGGAAGAAGGAGGGACGCAAGACCAACAACGGGGGGCGUUCGGGCAGCUCUGGAGACCUGCGCUCAAGCAACCCCUUCAGCAGUGACUCUCAGGGCGACACCCAACCAACCAACCCCUUCCUCUCACACUACAAAGGAAGCGAUAAAAAUCCCACCACUAAUGGAGACAUCCGAAAGGCAAGAGAGAACCACGGAAAGAAAAAUGAGACAAUGCAGACGAGCGUGGCUUCCUAUAGCAACUUAUCUUUCGACGAGGUGGUGCAGGAGCUCAUCAAGCAGAAGGGGGUGGUGAAAAAGAAGGACGCGCAUAUCCGUGAACUGGAAGACUACAUUGAUAACCUGCUGGUGCGCGUUAUGGAGGAGACGCCGAGCAUCCUACGGACACCCUACGAGCCCAAGAGGAAAGCGGGGAAAAUCUCCAAAAAGAACUAGUGUCAAGGUAGAGUUAGGGUCCCAACGAUAUGCUCUUGUUUCAGUGAGGGCCCAUCUUAGCCAUUGAGAAAUGUAUUGUGGGUAUAGAGCAAAAAUGAAGAGAAGGGGAUUGACCCAUGCCAAAUCACAAUUUUUAUUUAAAAACAUUUUUUUUAUAGGUUUUGCAUGCUUUGAUUUGAGUUUACACCAGGUUCCCCAACAAUUUUAUUGGGAAGUGAAGUACACCCGACUACCUAAAUAUCUGACAUUUUGACUUGCAUUUUAACAAACCCCAUGGCUUUCCCAUAGUUAUAGAAAUACUAACCUGUGAAUCAAUUGCUGUAUAGUGAUCCAUUCAUCCUUUUUAGUAUUAUACCUCCCUCUUGCUCCGUUCUUUGCAUGACAUUCCUUUGUUUUUCCUAUUCAGCCGAAUUGAAAGAAUGUGAAAUGACACCUUGGCAGAGACCAGUGGGAUAAGAAACAAACUAGUGGGGUUAUGCCAUGCGUGACAGUUUCUCCAAGGUGUACAAGUUUUCCCAAUAGUGUACACAAUAGACCUGUGCACUUUCACACACAUAUAACAUGGGGGAAAACACAGACAGCUUCUGAGGCGAUUGUGUGCACAUGGAACCACCAUCAAGCUAGAUUUGCAUUUUAACACUAAGGCCAUACAAAUGUAAUUAAAUGUUUAACAGGUGGCCCUCUUCACUUCACUUAAAAAAACAAACAUACAAAUAAAUAAAUAAGAUUAAGUCCUACUGAAAAAAUUGCAUGUUUCGAGCACUCGCAAGCCAAAAGUGGUCCCCGAAAAUGGCCUACUGUGUGUCUCUCGCUCUGCUGUGGGUGCUUCAUGUGCAUCUUGCUAGCUGUCAUUCAUAUGGCGAGGUGCUAAAGUACAUUUGUUGAACUCGUGCUGCUAGGGGGCUAGCCCACGUGGGGGGAAAUGGUGUAGCACAGUAUAGAGAAAAACUAGGGAUUUCAUGGCUAAUUGAGGUAAGACAGUAAUUCUGCUUAUAGGUUAUGCAUGUAUCAACUACUCAUUGACACAUCCAUCCCAAAGUGGGAGGUUUAUUAAAAAUACCGGAGCACGUCUUUAAUAAAAGGGGCUACUUAUUUUUCGUUUGUUUCUGCUUGCUCGCCUCACUUAAAAAUAAAUCUGUUAAAUGUUUAAUAUGUAUGGCCUUAGUAUUAAAAUGUAUCAAACACUGAGUGUUAACUUAUCACACUUGUGUUAAAAAAAAGAAAGAAGAAAAGGACAUAGUUUAUUGAAUAGGGUUUGAUGUGCUAAUUUGAAUAGAGCUCUAAUGACUGUUUACACUUCAGACCAAGACGCAGGAUUAUCACACAAACUCUCCACUCAGCCAAUCGUCCCUUUACACGCCUCUUACUGUAGGCAAGGAUUGUGUUGAUGUACUGGAGGUGUGAAUACAAUGUUAUCGCCUGUCUGUGACAUUGAUCUGAGCCUUUUAGCAUUAGGAUGGUUUGGACCUAUCUCUUGACAUUUGCCAUCUUUGUACAAAAUUAUAUUAUUUAAAGUUACUCUUAUGAGGGUAGGUACUAAGCACUACUGAAAUCUUACUCAAGGCAUUGCAUAUCCAAACACAGAUCUGAAAACAAUGUGACCUUCCAGUGAAAACAAAAAAAAUAGGUAAACACUGUGUUCUCUCUGGUCAAUUUGAUGAUAUAGAAUGUCUCGGCAUCGUGCCUGUGCAGAAUGUGAUUGAGUGUAGGCAACUAAAGACACCGCUAUUGAAGCCUCCUCAGUAUUUACACCAAAGUGAAUUCAUUCAAAGAGCUGCCAUUGUCCAUCAUAUCAACUCUGAAGUCAUUGCUUUUGGGUUUGUUGUUUCAGUUUUUUUUUUAUCAUAAGCUAGGUUUCCAUCCAAUUAGCGCCAGAUUUUCAUUUGAAUAUUCAAAAAUGUGCAUAAAAACAAUGCGCGUGUUUUCCCACCAGAGAUGUUUCCAUCAAAUUGACUUGUUGCGGAUAAAUGGCUCUGCGUGACGACGUAAUGCACAUAACACAUUUGGCGGUUAAAUUCCCAUGUACCGAAUAAAAGUUAAAUGGGUUUCCAUCGCAUUUUCAACUCCACUGAUAGUUUUCUCACAAAAAAAAUGGUGUGUUUUUACACCGAGUGUGCCCACUCUGGUUUUGGAACAUGCACUCUAGCCAACCGAUCCAGUGUGGGUACAGCCUACAUCAGGGAUGGGCAACUUUGAUUGAGAUCAAAACAUUUGUGGCUCCCCUCUUGACAGCGGAGAUAAAUGUGUGCGAUUCUACACAUUUUGCCGUGGGGUGUAGAGAAAAUGUUGCAGUUUAAAAGCAAGUUUGCUGCAAUUCUACACAUUUUGCCAUGGGGCGGAGAGAAAUGUUUGCAGUUUUUAAUAUGAUAUGAGUGAGACUAAUUAAAUCAAUGGGGACCCCCGGCCAGUAAUUUGACCAUGAUAAAUUUGCCAAGUUAGCUGGCCGCUAAAUUAUCUAAUCAACUUUUUUGUUGUUGCUGACAUUGACUAUCAGUGACUGACAUAACAAGAGAGAAACUGAUGCACAACCAAGUUGCACAACCAAUUUGCACCUUGUAUUCUACUAGUCUAACUCGCAACAGUAAAUUGAGACCCCGACUGAGUUCCUAAAACGUUUUAUCGAAAGUUGCCCGUCCCUGGCCUACAGGAGAUUAUGGACGAAAUCAUGUCACCAGAAUAAGACCCUCGCUAUUUAUUAAAAAGGAGCAUCAAACUCAUCACCUUGCACUUUCACCACCCUGUGAAGUUCCUCAUAACUUAUUUCAUCUGUAGACUAGUAAACUGCAUGGUUUCCCGACGAGUCAUAGUGGGAGGACCACACAUGCCAUCGCGUGACUCCCAAGUUUACCUCGGUAUGAUGGUUAUUAUAUCAGUAUUUGCGCAUAAGAGUUUCCUCCGACAUUUCUCGCAUAAUUAGUUUAACCGACAAAAAGAUCUCACCUUGUCUUACGUGUUUUGUUUUGUCGACAUUUGAAAAGUUUACCGACAAAUGUUCUAUUUCCAUCAAGCCUGUCGUGACGACAUUUUAUUUUAUCCAACAUGUAAUUAACUCGCAUUAAAAGAUUGGAUGGAAACCUGGUUACUGACCCGUGAUGACUGUAUUUGUCUUUAGGACCAGGCGUAUUGUAUGACCUUUAUUUACAGUCAAUGUAGCCCCAUACAUUGUACAAAAAUAAGUAUAAACCAUUGGUCAAGUAGUUCUAGCUUUACUUUACUGGUACUGGUAAGUGCAAUAAUCAUAAUUUAUCGACAUGUUUCAUUUUCAAUUGGUGUCCAUCUACAAAUUCUCUACAUUUAAAAAAAAAAAAAAAAAAAAAAAAAAACAUUAUAUUGUGUACUAAAGUCGAACAUGUCUGAAUGACAUCCGUUCUACACUUGUCAUUGUUUGUCUACAGAGAAAAAAAUGAUUCCAUUAGGUACAAGUGGUUCAGUUUGUAGAUUUACUGAUUCCUGUUUGAGUUAUUUGAAGGUGCGUAGCUACAUAGUAAUGCAUUUGCUGGUUGACUUUGUUUAUUAGGUCAAAUGUUAGUCGUAGCACUUUGAUCCAUCAAUGAGCAGUGUAAUUACUUUCCAGAAAGGUUAUUGGUAAUAUUUUACUAGUAAUACACUGUACGAACUUAACACAUCUACAAAUCAAACUGUCAGUACAGAUUUGAACAAGGGCCUAUGUUAACCCGUUGUAAAAAAAAAAAAUAUAUAUAUAUAUAUAUAUAAACAUUUGACAUUUUGUAUGUUUUGCUAAAUAAUUUGUCAUACAGUCUUCAUACUGUCCAAAGCAUGGCCAAAUAUAUAGUUUUAUGAGAUAUGUUACUAUAAAUAGUUCUAUGACAGCAUAACAAACAGUAUCAGCUUGUCAAAAAAACAGACCGCUCUCAUUUUAAGUUUGUCUCCAUGGCAUUUUGCUUCAAUAACAACACUGUUAUGGCAAAAAUAUUUGUUUUACACAGCUUACACAAAUUCUGCUAUGACCUUUAUGAUUAAGUAUCAGUGUACAGUACCAGGCAAAAGUUUGGACACCUACUCAGGGUUUUUCUUUAUUUUAUCUUUGUAAUAGUGAAGACAUAACUAUGAAGUAACACAUAUGGAAUCAUGUAGUAACCAAAAAAGUGUUAAUCAAAAUAUAUGUUAUUUUAGAUUCUUCAAAGUAGUCACCCUUUGACUUGAUGACAGCUUUGCACACUCUUGGCAUUCUCUCAACCAGCUUCAAACUGCACCUGAAAUGCAUUUAAAUUAACAGGUGUGCCUUGUUAAAAGUUAAUUUGUGGAAUUUCUUUCCUUAAUGUUUUUGAGCCAAUUUAGUUGUGUUGUGACAAGGUAGGGGUGGGUAUACAGAAGAUAGCCCUAUUUGGUAAAAGACCAAGUCCAUAUUAUGGUAAGAACAGCUCAAAUAAGCGAAGAGAAACAACAGUCCAUCAUUACUUUAAGACAUGAAGGUCAGUCAAUCCGGAACAUUUCAAGAACUUUGAAAGAUCUUCAAGUGCAGUCGCAAAAACCAUUAAGCACUAUAAUGAAACUGGCUCCCAUGAGGACCGCCACAGGAAAGGAAGACCCAGAGUUACCUCUGCUGCAGAGGAUUAGUUCAUUAGAGUUAACUGCACCUCAGAUUGCAGCCUAAAUAAAUGCCACAGAGUUCAAGUAACAGACACAUCUCAACAUCAACUGUUCAGAGGAGACUGCGUGAAUCAGGCCUUCAUGGUCAAAUUGUUGCAAAGAAACCACUACUAAAGGACACCAAUAAGAAGAAGAGCUUGCUUGUGCCAAGAAACACGAGCAAUGGACAUUAGACCGGUGGAAAUCUUCCCUUUGGUCUGAUGAGUCCAAAUUUGAGAUUUUUGGUUCCAACCGCCUUGUCUUUGUGAGACGCGGAGUGGGUGAACGGAUGAUCUCUGCAUGUGUGGUUCCUACGUGAAGCAUGGAGGAGGAGGUGUUAUGGUGUGGGGGUGCUUUGCUGGUGACACUGUCAGUGAUUUAUUUAGAAUUCAAGUCACACUUAACCAGCAUGGCUACCACAGCAUUCUGCAGCGAUACGCCAUCCCAUCUGGUUUGCACUUUUUUGUUUUUCAGCAGGACAGUGACCCAACACACCUCCAGGCUGUGUAAGGCUCUUUCACCAAGAAGGAGAGUGAUGGAGUGCUGCAUCAGAUGACCUGGCCUCCACAAUCACAUGACCUCAACCCAAUUGAGAUGGUUUGGGAUGAGUCGAACCGCAGAGUGAAGGAAAAGCAGCAACAAGUGCUCAGCAUAUGUGGGAACUCCUGCAAGACUGUUGGAAAAGCAUUCCUCAUGAAGCUGGUUGAGAGAAUGCCAAGAGUGUGCAAAGCGGUCAUCAAGGCAAAGGGUGGCUACUUUGAAGAAUCUUAAGUAUUUUCUUAUUUGUUUAACACUUUUUUUUGGUUACUACAUGAUUCCAAAUGUGUUAUUUCAUAGUUUUGAUGUCUUCUCUAUUGUUCUACAAUGUAGAAAAUAGUAAAAAAUAAAGGAAAAACCCUGGAAUGAGUAGGUGUCCAAACUUUUGACUGGUACUGUAUGUGUUAAGCAUGAAGUCUCCCGCUAUGUAUGGUGUCAUAUGUCUGAGUCUACCAUUAAUGAGUGCGACUGAACUUUCUUAAAACAGUUGUAAUGCUUUGUGAAAAGGUUACUUCACGUAGUUAUUACUUACUUAUCACUGUAAGUAGGUAAAACGUAUUACUGUGUCACCAAAACUUUUCCCCUCUGAGUUUACUUGCUUUCAUGGAGCUAAUGUCAGUGAUGACAAACAUGUCUCAACUAAUUGGCGGAAAGGUUACAUUCGUCACUUUUUUUUGUUAUCUUUCUUUUUUGUACAAUUUUGGGCCAUCUAUAGUGUUAUAUGGUAUUUUAGAUUAACAGGACUGUUACUCAAAGUUGUGCACUUACUAAGUGUAUGGUGACCCCUGUUGUGAACUAUGGAUACCUCAGAAGUCUAAACCAGUGACAACGCUGAGAUGAAGUCACACAUAUUUUAAACCAACUUUGUUUCUUUUUCCUGUCUUUUGUUUACUUAAAAAAAAAAACGAUGGUCCAUUUUUACAUUCUAAUUUCUAUAUUGUAUACUUGUAUGGGUAAAGUAGGGUCAAAUAUGGUGAAGUAACUGAAUGGCCACAUAUCAAGUCAGGAUACAGUCCGAUUUCCUAACUGUUUGGAUGAUAGAACUUUGGAAUGUAGAUUGUAUCUCAUUGCUGUUUUUUUUGUAACAAACACCGUUUACUGCAAAUCCUCCCAAUCCAAUCACAAUUAACUAGAACAUAGAGAAGUCAAUGGUAUUCCAUAAAAUGCCAAAGGUGCUUUUAAUAAAGCUUGUCCUAGCGAACAUCAAUGAGACACACUUUUUAGUUUUUUUGUGCCUAUUGUGUACAAAUUGGUAACCUCUAUUACAUUUUAUUUUUUUUGUUCGAAAAAAUGUAUUUAUUCUUGUUAAUCUUUACCUAAAUCGUCGUACAUUGAAUGUCAUGUAGGCUCCAAAGUGUGCUUUCAUUCAUUAUACUGUUAUAAUUAGGUUAUUAUUUCUGCUUUUCAUGUUUUUAAAAUAUGAGCUUUAUCCAGACAAAAUACUCAGCUUCUGUUUUCACUAUAAUUCCCCCCAAAAUGUAUAGAGAGCUUUUACAUUUAUGUCCAUGUCCUCCGUGGAGCUUUAGCAUUGACUAAAUCCUCUGAAGUUGUAAUGUGGCGCAGAAUUUCUGAGGUGAGAAGAGAAAGCAUAAUUGAGAGCACUUGUAUAUCAAUACAAUGCCUUCAUUGUUUUGAUAUACAGCUAAUAUUCUAACACUUUCUCCAUGAGUUACUUCCAUAGCACAACAUUGGUGUACUUUUUACUUAGUGAAUCAUUAUCGCACUGCAGUUAGCUUUCAUAUCAAAUUGCAUGUCAAUCAUCUUUGCUUUGUGCAAUUUGGACACUUUCUGUUUAGAGAGCCAUCACCACAGUGGCUCAUAUUAUAGCACAUUUUGAGAAAGAAAAUAACAGUAUUUGAUCAAAGUCCAGAUUGAUUGUACAAUAAUAGAGGCAGGAAUAUCUCCAAACGCCUAUUCUCUAUAUGGUGGCAGUGUCACUAUACUUUUCCGUAUACGUUUUCUGCAAGUUUUCACAAGACUAGCAGUUUUUUUUUUUAUAUAUAUAUAAUUUAUUCUAAAGUUUAGAUGUCGGGAUGAGUGGGGAUAUGGGGUUGAUUAGAAAACUGUUUGAUUGUGAUACUGAGAAAAUAUGAAUAUGGUGUACAUGUUGGUAUACAAGGUAUUAUUUUGGGAACAACAAUGCAGAUUAUGUAAAAAGCAAAGGAUGGCACUGCUUGAUAUGACUUCUUCAAAUGCAUUCAGUGUAUGUAUUUAUUGUCCAUCUCUCUCACACACACUGUCCCCCCCCCAAAAGCUUAUUAUUUUGGCAUGUGGCAUGGAUUUACUUACGUUUCCAUUCCAAGACCUUAAUGUAUUAGGAAUUGUCAGUGUUCCAUUGGAUAACAAAAUUGGAAGGCACAAACCAGAUUGUAUUGCUCUUUUCAAAUAAAUACACUGUACUUAUUAAAUAAAAUACCUGUUUUGGUUUUAAUGGAA